CUCCCCCAAACCCCGACCGCCGGCCCGGCGCGCGGCUGCGCCCACCGGUUUCGCGCUGCCGCCGCAGCCGCCACUACCGCCCCGCGUUUCCCCGGCCCGCGGGCCGCCAGGCUAGUGCCCCGACCAGCCUGCCUCGGCCCGCGGCCCCGGUGUCCACCGCCGCGCCGCUCCCGGGCCGGGUGUGGAUGGAGGGCGCCGCGCGCCCUGCCCGCAGCUCGGCGUGACGCGGGCCGGGAGCCCCGCGCCCACCAUGUCCUACCCGCAGGGCUACCUGUACCAAGCGCCCGGCUCGCUGGCGCUCUACUCCUGCCCGGCGUACGGUGCGUCCGCGCUGGCCGCGCCUCGCAGUGAGGAGCUGGCGCGCUCGGCGUCCGGCUCGGCGUUCAGCCCGUACCCGGGCUCGGCGGCCUUCACGGCGCAGGCGGCCACUGGCUUCGGCAGCCCGCUGCAGUACUCGGCCGACGCUGCCGCGGCCGCCGCCGCCGGCUUCCCGUCCUACAUGGGCGCACCCUACGACGCGCACACGACUGGGAUGACCGGCGCCAUCAGCUACCACCCCUAUGGCAGCGCGGCCUACCCAUACCAGCUCAACGACCCGGCAUACCGCAAGAACGCCACGCGGGACGCCACAGCGACGCUCAAGGCCUGGCUGAACGAGCACCGCAAGAACCCGUACCCCACCAAGGGCGAGAAGAUCAUGCUGGCCAUCAUCACCAAGAUGACCCUCACGCAGGUCUCCACCUGGUUCGCCAACGCGCGCCGGCGCCUGAAGAAGGAGAACAAGAUGACGUGGGCCCCGAGAAACAAAAGCGAGGACGAGGAUGAGGAUGAGGGCGACGCUGCUAGGAGCAAGGAGGAGAGUCCCGAGAAGGUGCAGGAGGGCACGGAGACCUCUGCCGAGGACGAAGGGAUCAGCCUGCACGUCGACUCGCUCACGGAUCACUCGUGCUCAGCCGAGUCAGAUGGAGAGAAGCUGCCCUGCCGAGCCGGGGACCCCCUGUGCGAGUCUGGCUCGGAGUGCAAGGACAAGUACGACGAUCUGGAGGACGACGAAGAUGAGGAGGACGAGUGUGAGCGGGACCUGGCGCCGCCCAAGCCUGUGACCUCGUCCCCACUUACAGGCGUAGAGGCGCCGCUGCUGAGCCCCCCGCCCGAUGCCGCGCCCCGCGGCGGCGGCGGCAAGACGCCCCUGGGCAGCCGGACGUCACCUGGUGCACAGCCACCCACCAGCAAGCCCAAGCUGUGGUCGCUGGCCGAGAUCGCCACAUCGGACCUCAAGCAAACGAGCCUGGGCCCGGGCUGCGGGCCACCGGGACUGCCAGCGGCUGCGGCACCCGCCUCCUCGGGCGCACCUCCGGGCGGUUCUCCCUACCCCGCUUCGCCGCUGCUCGGCCGCCACCUCUACUAUACGACGCCCUUCUAUGGCAGCUACACAAACUACGGGAACUUGAACGCAGCGCUGCAGGGCCAGGGCCUCCUGCGGUACAAUGCGGCGGCCUCGGCCCCCGGCGAGACUCUGCACGCAGCGCCUAAGGCGGCCAGCGACGCGGGCAAGGCGGGCGCGCACCCACUGGAGCAGCACUACCGGACCCCCRGCGGUGGCUACGAGCCCAAGAAAGAUGCCAGCGAGGGCUGCACGGUGGUUGGCGCAGGCGUCCAGCCCUACCUAUAGAAGGGCCAGCUCAGCAGUGCAAGUAGGUGUCACAAUUGCUUUGGAAAAAAAAAAAAAAGUCAGCAGGCCAUUCUCUCUUCCCAAGCUCAUAAAUAUACAGAUACAAAAAAGCAGAUCUGUAAAUCUGGACCACAUCUUGUGCCACUGUAAAGAGAAGGAUCCACACAGCACUUGAACCCACAGACUCUGACGAUUGGAACACACUGUUGGAUGUAUGUGAAUUUGUUGGCAUAGUAUAGUUUCCCCGAUGUACGUGUGACUUUUGAAAACAAUCUGUUCUUUUCUCAGGAUAUCUCAAAUUGAUCACUUCAUUGCCACGGUAUAUAUUCUAUAGGUGUGAUAGGAUUUACUGUAAAAUUUAUUUGUAAAAGAUGUACACAGUAGAAAUAAAACGUGAUUGAAGAACUUGAGUACUUCAGAAGUGGAAACAAAUUUGAUAUUUAUUUUUAUAAUGAUAUAAAGCUUCUAGUAAUUUAUGCAAGUUGUAUUGCAAUGAAAUCUAAACUUUUUGUAAAUAAAUUCUGCCUGGUUUUUAUUUGAACAUUGCUGGUUAUACAAUCUUUGUUGGUUGUUUAACACGAAUUCUUUACUAAUUUAUAUCUUUAAUUGUAAAUAAAGACAGACUAGUCUACAAUAA